UGUGUCAUCUGUCUGACUGACUGACUAUGGUGUGGCUGAGCUAAAGGAGGAGGGAGGAUACUUCUGGUUGGAGAAGAAACAGAUCUUUAAUCUUCUCUGAAAAACAACCUCACAUCACAUCUCAUUCGCUUCGAGGAAGACAUCGCACAUUGAUGGAAUAUUCCAAUGCACGCGUCGUUAGUCAUUUAGUCAUUUGGAUCAUUAUUGGGGUCAACUUCCAUGUUUAGGAAAUGUGUUAGAUUUUUUGGGGGGGUUUGGCAGAUUUUGUGAUUUUUGUGAAUUUUCAGAUAAGGAAUAAUGCAACAAUAGGUGAGGACCUUGGGUUAUUACUCCAAAUAAUUAAUCUAGAAAUAGACUUUCUUUAAAUUGGCACAUUUUGUAGAUUUGAUGUAGAAUAUAACACUCCCAAUAUUCCAUAGCCUAAUCUGAAACUAUCGCUGAAGGUCGCCAAGUAUCCAUCACGGAACUGUUGAAUAUUUGAAGCCUAUUUUCGGCUACAACUUCUGCUUAUUUAUAGACAUUUAUAGACAUUAUUCAACAAAUAUUUUGACCACAAAAGCCUGCCUAGUCCAGAUUUAUAGAGAUGUUUUGAGAUUGCAACCUAUAGAUAAGAGUCGUUCGGUGAGUUGUAUUGUAGCCUUUAUAACAGGUGGUUUUAGUCAAGGGCUCUCUCUCUCUCUCUCUCUCUCUCUCUCUCUCUCUCUCUCUCUGCCUGCCGCUCGCUUUGGACUUGUUGAAAGCAACAGCUGUCCCCGGUACAGUUGGAUACAUGAGUAGUAUUAUAACAAGGACUGACAUGAGGAAAAACUCAACUGUCACCGUGUGAUUCACCGAGAUAUAAUAACGGAAUAACAAACUAACGGAAUAACUAACCGUCUCUCCAUCUAAAUCUAUGAUCAACUCAGUGUGUGUUUCGUCUUACCGAGGACGCAAAUCAGGCAACAAACCUCCGUCCAAGACAUGCCUGAAGGAAGAGAUGACCAGGGGGGAAGACUCGGAAAAAAUCAUUAUCAAUGUUGGUGGCACAAGACACGAAACCUACAAGAGCACAAUCAGGACCCUACCGGGGACGCGCCUGGCAUUGUUAGCCGAUCCGCCAGAGCCGGUGAACAACCCAGACACGGACUCUCUCCCAGCGACUCCCUCCCAACACAGAUCCAUAUCUCCAUAUCCAACUACAAACGAGUUAUUUUUCGACAGGCACCCUGGCAUAUUCGCUUAUGUGUUGAACUAUUAUAGGACUGGUAAGCUUCAUUGCCCCGCCGAUGUCUGCGGGCCUCUUUUUGAAGAGGAGUUGGCGUUUUGGAUGAUAGAUGAGACCGACGUGGAGCCGUGUUGCUGGAUGACAUACCGGCAGCACCGGGACGCAGAGGAGGCGCUGGACAUAUUCGAACCACCGGACCCAGAUGACACGGACGAUGAACUAACCAGACGGUUCGGCAUUGAGGACUGCCCGGACAGAUCGAGGGGAUGCUGCGAAGUUUGGCAACCAAAAAUAUGGGCACUCUUUGAGGACCCCUACUCAUCCAGGGCUGCUAGAGGCAUUGCGUUUGUCUCUCUGUUCUUUAUCCUGGUUUCCAUCACUACGUUCUGCCUGGAGACUCACGAGUACUUCAACGACCUGCAGAAUCGCACGGAACACGUGGUGGUGGGGAACUACACUGAGGUGGUGAUCUUGGUGGAGGUGGUGACCAAGCCCAUUCUGACCAUGGUGGAAGGCGUUUGUGUGGUCUGGUUUACCUUUGAGUUCUUCGUCCGUAUCGUGUGCUGCCCCGACAAGCUGCUUUUCAUCAAGAACAUGUUAAACGUCAUUGACUUCGUGGCCAUCCUGCCCUUCUACCUGGAGAUGGGUCUCAGCGGCCUGUCCUACUCUAAAGCAGCCACCGACAUCCUGGGGUUUCUACGGGUAGUCCGCUUCGUCCGAAUCCUCCGGAUCUUCAAGCUGACCAGGCAUUUCGUCGGUCUGAGGGUUCUUGGCCACACGUUGAGAGCCAGCGUCAACGAGUUCUGCCUGCUUAUCGUUUUCCUGGCGUUGGGCAUCCUCAUCUUCGCCACGAUGAUCUACUACGCAGAGCGGAUAGGGGCCCAACCAGACGACCCUCGCGGCUCCAACCACACCCACUUCAAAAACAUCCCUAUCUCCUUCUGGUGGGCCGUGGUCACCAUGACCACCCUGGGCUACGGGGACAUGUACCCCAAGACGUGGCUGGGCAUGAUAGUGGGCGCGCUGUGCGCCCUGGCGGGGGUGCUGACCAUCGCCAUGCCCGUGCCUGUUAUAGUCAAUAACUUUGGGAUGUACUACUCCCUGGCCAUGGCUAAACAGAAGCUGCCUAAGAAGAAGAAAGCACACAAUCCGAACCCGGACGCUCCCACGGACACGGCCUCGUUCGGGAAGUCUGUGGCUACCUCUCCCAGGGACAGUACUCAGAGUGAUACAUGUCCACUGGCUGUAGAGGAGAAUGUCAACAGGAUCCGCUCAGACUCCAAGCAGAACGGAGACGCCAACUUGGCUCUGUCGUCGGAUGAGGGGUGCAGCCUGACCCAGCCGCUGUCACCCAGCGAGAAGUGGAACCUACGGCACGCCCACGGUGACCGUCGAGAACACUCCCGGUCGGUCAGGGGGAACAAGACAAGCAAGAAAGAGGCAACCUGCUUCCUGCUCACCUCCGGAGACUUCUCCUGCUCUGGAGGAGAACACACCAUAGUCACUGAAAGCUGUACAGACAUCACGGCAGCUACUGGGAUCUACACCCAUCCAGAAAUCACCACUCUGAGCUGAAGAAACCAAUUUGGAUUGAUGAAGGACAAGUGGUCGUGAACCAGGGUGCAUGGGGCGAAGCUUCACAUUUAGGCCCCUCCCCUCCUUCUCUAACUAACGUGAAGGUUCCGGAAGGUUCCGGAAGGUUCCAGAAGAAGAACACUUGUCUUUCUGUCGAGUACAAAGUAACCAAACUCCGCGGUAGAAUCCUUCUAUCUGAUGCUUUAGAAGAUAUAGUUAUGUAUUUACACACAUCUGUCUGUUUCCAAGCAUUUAGCAUGUAUUGUAUUGCAUGAUCUAGCACUAUAUAAUGUACCUUGAGAAAAUAACAUCAGUGAAGUUAAUGUUAAGGGACAAAUCUAAAGUUGAGGAGUGUUUUGAAUAUCUCUGAUGUUAAUACUCUUGAGUUUCAAUCAAACAUCAAUAUUUCCAAAUGGUGUUUUCAAGAAAUUGCUACUAUGGCAUUUGCUGAUUUUGUUUUAAAAGUGUACAAUACACUAUACGAUCAGUUCAUAGUACUUGUGAAGAAUCCUGAGACCAGAAACCAUAUGAUGUUUCAGAAGAAAAAAAAAUGGUAGUCUUUCAUCAAUGAAGCAUAAUUGGUAAAUAUUGACUAACUAAAAUACAACAAAAAUGUGAGUUGCAUUGUUGCAUUGUUGCAUUGUUAAGGAAAAGUGACUGUGAACAAAUUCCAGUAGGAUUAGAACUACGAGUCGUUGUUCCAAGCUAACUGACUCCCAACAAAAAUAUAGUCCAGCUUUGUUUUGAUUUAAACAUGACAGUAAAUGGCCAUCCCGAGUGAUGCAGCGGACUAAGGCACUGCAUCGCAGUGUUGCAGCAUCACUACAGCCUGGGGUUCGCUUUAGUUGGCUCAUCGCGCUUUAGCGACUCCUUGUGGAGGGCCGGGCGCCUGCAGGCUGACUUCGGUCCUCUGUAGAACAGUGUUUCCUCUGACACAUUGGUGCGAGCGGGUGUUAAGGAGCGUGGCGGAUGUUAAGAAGCACGCCUUGGCGGGUCAUGUUUCAGAGGAUGCAUGACUCGACCUUCUCCUCUCCUGAGCCCGUCGGGGAGUUGCAGCAAAGAGACAAGAUUGUAAUCACCAAAUUGGGGAGAAAAAGUGGGUAAAAAAUACAAAAAAAACAAAGUAUCAUGCAAUUCCUAUAGAAAGAAUUUUUAAAAAUGUCAUGUAUAUCUAUUACAGUACAGUACAUGAACAGUUCUGUUUCAGGAAGAAGAGAGUCAACAUGCAGACAGUAGUAGCAAUAGCAGCAUGUGACUAUUAAAGUUCACGCUACUGUUCACAAACAAAGUGUCUUUAAAUCCUUAUACAAAAAAAGGAGAAAAACUAAUGUAAAAAUUUUAAAAUGCCUUGAGAGACCAGAUGCAGUCAGACAGUAGUCAAGAGGGUAGCAUGUGACUGAAGAAGCUCAUACUACUUGUCUUUUCGCAAAUAAUGUGUCUUGGAAAUCCUUGUAUAAAUGAUAUAUAAAUGCUAUUGUAUUUCCAUUAGCUGUGUUCCAUCAAUACAUUCGCUGGUUGAAAGGGGACCAAACUCUGGGCGGCCAUAUUAGUUAAAAAUAGAUUAUAUCAACAUCAUCAUUAGUAAAUGUAUCAUCAACAUCGUUAGUAAAUGCAAUGUUAAGAAGCAUAGCAACACAUACUGUGGCGUCAUCCAUACAUUCUAGUCGUGCCUAAUGACAAAGUGAUGGAGCUUAAUGUGUUAUGGAGUAACUUGAUGAGGUUUAUAUUUGUUCCUAAAACGGAUUAUCUUGGUUCUUUUAAGAUCUUGGUUAUUUUAAGAGCUUGGUUGUUGGAGAUCUUGCUUGUUGGAGAUCUUGGUUGUUUAUACAUGUUGCCAAGGGGAAAGAAAUGGCUGCAUCUCAAAUGAAAUGUCUGCAUCUCAAGUGGUGCCCUAUUCCCUAUGUAGGCUCUGGUCAAAGAUAGUGCACUACAUAAGGGAUAGGGAGCAUAUUUGGGACUGAGACAAAUAGAGUAUGGUUACUUUCACAUGAUGUCUUAAUAUAUUUCUCUUGGUCGACCGUAGUUGCCUUAUGUUUAUUAUAAAACAGUUACGUUUUAUUUUAAUGUAUUUUUAUUCAUAUCUCAACCCUAUUUUAACUCCUCUGACACAAAAGUCUGUAUAUAAAAGCAUAGUUGUAUGUAGCACAGUAUAGGCUUAGUGACUCAUUAUCCUGUAGAAAACCCCUCUAGAAAUGGAUUAGCUGCACAGUUACUAUUAAUACACUCAAUUAUUAUUUGUUUAUUAAAAAAUAAAAUGAUUUUAUUUGGAUAAUUUAACUGUUUAAUUAACUUAUACAGCCUCUUUUUCCCCUUUCACUGUUGUGUUUUAGCUGGGAUGAACUGAAACUCAGCUAUAUGAAUCUGAGCUGGUUUUUCCAUACAAUUCCAAUGAUUCUAUGGUUUUCAGUCUAAUUCUCUGUGUUUCUUUCUGGGGUGCCGUUUGGAAAGUUGAACAGUCAUUUUGGCAAUGAAACACAGUGAAAGAUGUCAGAUGUUGUGUGUGUAAAGCAAUGCAGUUGAUAUAUUGUAUCAUGUAGGCAUGUGUUUCUAUACAGCAAUACAAAUAAAACACAUUUCCCUAUGAUAAAAGAUAA